UCCUCUCCUUUGCCUUAUUUUGAUAAAGACACUAAUUCACCCACUCAUUUCUCUCCCUAUUUUCUCCCUCCCCGGGGACACAGUCCUCUUCUCUCAUACUUACGGUGACCGCCAUUGUUACUGUAACUCGGAAUCAAUUUCCUACGAGGAGGAAAAAAGAAAUGGGGGCGCAAGAUAUUUGUGCUAACGGCGGUAGAGGUGAAUCGUCUUCUUCGCCGCUUUUCUCAUCUACAGAGUAUUAUUUACUGAAACCCGUUCAAGAACCGAAUAAGGUUCACACUCAACUCGAAAACAAGGAGGAGAAAUCCCUUGAAUCGGUUACAAUCAAAGAAUCACACACGCCACCGCAACCGCCACCGCUUGUUAAUUCUCGCUACAAUUGCGGCAGAAAUGUUCGGGCAGAUGGUGGAAGUGGUGGCUGUGGUGUCGGUUCUUGUUGCUUGUGUUCACAUUUGAUCAAGGGCUUGGAUAAGGAUAAAAGCGAGGUGGUUCUGAAAAUCAAGGAAGAGGAGCUGGAAGUAGAGGCCGUGGAUUGUGAUCAUAACAACGGGAAUGGCUCGUCUUCCUUGUCAUCAUCUGAUGCUUUGCCCAAACCGAUAGAAGGGUUACACGACUUGGGUCCCCCGCCGUUCUUGAAGAAGACGUUUGAGAUGGUGGAGGAUCCGGAAACUGACCCGAUUGUUUCAUGGAGCGUAAAUCGGGAUAGCUUCAUCGUCUGGGACUCUCACAGCUUCUCAGAGAAUCUACUGCCAAAAUAUUUCAAGCACAAGAACUUCUCUAGCUUCAUUCGCCAGCUCAACACUUAUGGUUUCAGAAAGAUCGAUUCAGAUCGUUGGGAGUUCGUAAAUGAAGGGUUCCAGGGAGGAAAGAAGCAUUUGCUUAAAAAUAUAAAAAGAAGAAGUAGAUAUAAUAAGCAGCAACAAGGUGGAGUGAACAUUCCCAGUCCUGCAACCCUUGGAUUAGAAGCUGAAUUAGAGUCUCUUAAGGAAGAACAAAACACACUAAGAGUUGAAAUCCUGAAAUUAAGGCAGCGAGAAGAGGAAUCAAAACAUCAAUUUAACUCUGUUCAAGAGCGCAUGCACUGUGCAGAAUGUAGGCAGCAACAUAUGUUCAAUUUCUUUGUUAAGGUUGCCAAGGACCCCAAGUUUGUUCAGCGGUUGAGCCAAAAGAGACGGCAGCAGAGAGAGCUUGAUAGGGCUGAAUAUAGGAAGAAGUGCAGAUUGCUUGAAACCCAGGAUACCAAGAGCUUGCCUGAGGUCAUGGAUGCUGGCAUAAGUAUCAGUUGUAGAAACCAAAAUUCUAAGACACAGUCGGAACUAAUUGGGUUGUUAUCAGAGCACACAGACAACAGCAACCAAAGGCAGCUGUUCAUGGCUGAUCAAUUAGGGACUCAUACUCAGACUCAUGAAGGCAACAUGAUGUUUGGAGCCACUAUCUCAGACACGGCUUCCACUUAUCAUGACAUAUCAGAGAACCUGAUGUUGGAUAGUUCAAUUGUGGAAAAUGUUGUUGCUGAAGAUCUACCAGUGAGUGAUUCUAAAUUUUAUGUCGAGUUAGACGAUUUGUUAGAGAAGCCUCGGAAUUCGGGUGGAUAUGUGGGUGAACUGGUGGAGGAGAUAGGCUGUAUUGGAAUUACGCCUUGAUCUCGGCCGUAUACCUUGUAGGUUCCUGUUGGAAACUUCUUGUUUCUGCUAUUUACGCAUGCACGGAUUUGGAUACCACGUUGACAUAAAUGAUCGUAUUGGGCUAGCUGCUGCUGCUUUUUCCUCUUUUUCAGCAAAAAGAUGAGUAGCGCUUCCCUGAAGUUGUUGGAGGUUGGAAUGAUGGUAAUCUGUCCUGGGUCAAAUAGCCAGAUUAUGAUGCAUGGCCCCAUAAAAAAAUUACAGGUCCUUAGUUACUAUUCCAUGUUUGUUUGAUUACUGUUGUCUGGUUUCUAGAUUGUAAAAAGGUUUGGGUUCUGUAUCAGUACAUACUGGAGGUCUUCCGGAUAGAAAUUGCAUUACAAGAGUUUAGUUAAAUUGCUUAGGAUAUGCAUAUAAUACCAGAUGUUAUUGAUUACGCUGCUUAGUA